GUACAACGAGCACAACCCGGACGAGGAGGCCAUCACGUCCGUCAUGAAUGCUGACAUCCGUUCCCGCCCGGACGCCCUGAUUGUGGUCGGUACGAGUCUGAAGAUUCCCGGAGUGCGUCGCCUGGUAAAGAGUCUUUGCUCCGUCAUCCGGAGUCGCCGUAACGGAGUGACCAUGUGGAUCAACAAUGAGUACCCCACCGGCAAGGAGUUUGAGGACUGCUGGGAUCUAAUGGUCAAGGGCGACUGUGAGGAAGUUGCGCGACUGGCCAAUCUGAAACGGUGGGAUGCACAGGACGAUGUGUUUGAUGAGAGCACAUCUUCGGAAGUGGAACGAGUGAAGAAGGAACAAGGCGAGGUGUCGGUGGUUGUCACUCCCAGCAAGAAACGACCCACUCCGACAGGCUUCCUUACUCCAUCGUCGAGUUAUGAGGAUGAAUCCAAACCUUUGGCGAAGAAAGGUCGCCCGAACCCCGCCAGCAACGGACGGAGCAUUACAGAUGUGCUGCAGGCGGCCAAAACAGACGGGCCAAAGAAGGCUGCUCCGAAGAAAGCGGCUCCGAAGAAGGCUGCGCCUAAAGGACGACCAAAGAAGGCCGAGCCAGCGAAGAACUCCAAGAUCAACAAUUUCGGAAGGGUCACCAAGGCUCAGAAAGCUGUCACAAGUGACAAGUCGACCAAGCUGGACAAGGACGACACCAAGGCGAUGCACCCGUUGGCUCCGGGCGCUGCUCGCAACAACGGACCGAAUCAGACGUUCCCCAAAAUGGUGGGCAAGGAUGCCUCUACUCCUCCACCAAGCGGUCGGUGGCGACAGAACGAGACCAUUUCUCCUGACUCUAUUCCCCGAGGAAUGAAUCUGUUACUGAACGAGCCGACCGCAUGACUCAGCUCGGGUCUGCGUCAGCGCGUCUUCCCGUCUUCUUUUCUUCUUUUUCUUCUCCUUUACUAUUAUUUUACAUUUAAGGCCUUCCUGGGGAGUCUUUUCAAUUUCAGUUAAUGGCGAUACCAAUGAUAGACUAUGGGACAUGGCGUUUGGGUGGGAUAAUGAAGAUGUCAUUUGGGCUCACCUCACUGCUUCAAGCAGCAGCUAUAUAGCUGGUUGGAGUCCCUUGGGUACUCUUCUGAUUUGUGGCGUCAAC